GAGCAAUACACACGCAAAUUUUUCGCCCCUGCUAAUAUUAAUUAGAUUAAAAUUAUAAAAAGGAUAAAAUAGUGAUUGUUUAAUGCUGUAAUUGUGUCUUAAUCUUACCUAUUCUCGCUGUUUAGUGUUAUACAACUUUUAGCAACAAUAAAACACACUUGUUUUGGCCGUAAACUUUACUUGCACACAUCAUGGAUCUGAAACUUAUAAAUAGUCUAGAAAGCCUCGAGAAGCUUUUCCAAACACGUAUGAACGACUAUGACCUGAAGCUGCAGAAGGCAUCUACCGGAGCUGUUCCAGCACAUGUCGAUAUUUCAACUUUAUCGCGUGAGUUUAAUGAUUUUAAAGCUUUUGUGUGGCAAACACUUUCUCAGAUGAAGACCCAGAUUGAGCUUCUCAGCCUCGGGUUGGAUAGGCAUGAGACCAUGAUGAGAAGAAAAGUUCUACUUCUACAUGGUAUUCCUGAAAAUAAAAAUGAAAAAUUGCACAAAUCUAUUGUUGAAGUUUUCACUAGAAACAUGAAACUCCCUGAAAUUUGCAUAGAACAUAUCAACAAUUGUCAUCGGCUCGGCAAUUCUCAGGGCAAAGUCAGACCUGUCCUAGUGCGUUUCUGCAGCAUGGAGCAUCGCAAUGUUGUAUGGGAUAAUAAAACCAAUCUGAAAGGNACUCCAACCUAUAUGGAAGAGACAAAGCCCCAGCCCAUCGCACAUUGUUGA